CCAAGUGCCACACGGGAUCCACAAGUCGAGAGAAAGGAACCGAGACGUGGCCACUCUCGGCGCCAACCGCUACGGCCACCCCUUCCCAUUCAAAUCUCCACCAUCCGAUCCCAUAUCAACGGCUGGUGUUCCAUCCACUCCACCACCAUCAGUUCCCAACUCCCCCCAAUUCGGAAACCAAAAUUAACCAACCAACCCAACCCCGCCGCCGCCGAUGGACGCCGCCGCGACGGCCGCGACGGCGACGGCCGCCGCUGCGAUGGUGUGGUUCAGGAAGGGGCUUCGCGUGCACGACAACCCGGCGCUGGACGCGGCCCGGCGCGGCGGCGCCGCUGCGCGGCUGUACCCGGUGUUCGUUCUCGACCCGCGGUACCUCCGCCCCGACCAGGCCGCGCCGUCCCCGGGCUCCGCGCGCGCCGGGGUCGCCCGCGUCCGCUUCCUCCUCGAGAGCCUCUCCGACCUCGACGCGCGCCUCCGCCGCCUCGGCUCCCGCCUCCUCCUCCUCCGCGCCCGCGACGACGGCGACGUCGCCGGCACCGUCUGCGCCGCCCUCAAGGACUGGAACAUUGGGAAGCUGUGCUUCGAGUCCGACACCGAGCCGUACGCUCUGGCCCGCGACAAGAAGGUCAUGGAUUUCGCGGCUGCGUCAGGGAUCGAUGUGUUCUCGCCGGUGAGCCACACCCUAUUUGAUCCAGCAGAAAUCAUAGAGAAGAAUGGGGGUCGGCCGCCGAUGACAUACCAGUCGUUCGUGGCCAUCGCCGGCGAGCCACCGGAGCCAAUUAUGGAGGAGUACUCCGAGCUGCCACCGGUUGGAGAUACCGGGGAGUAUGAAUUGUUGCCAGUGCCUAGAGUGGAGGAGCUUGGGUAUGGGGAUAUCAGCCAGGAGGAUCUUUCGCUGUUCCGAGGCGGCGAGACAGAAGCCCUGAAGAGGAUGAGAGAAUCGCUUCAUGAUAAGGAGUGGGUCGCCAAAUUUGAGAAACCUAAGGGUGACCCGUCUGCAUUCCUGAAACCUGCAACGACUGUCCUGUCACCAUAUCUGAAAUUUGGUUGCCUGUCGUCAAGGUAUUUUUACCACUGCAUUCAGGAUAUUUACAGGAGUACAAAAAAACAUACAAAUCCACCUGUUUCAUUGACUGGCCAGUUGCUGUGGAGGGACUUUUUCUACACAGUGGCCUUUGGCACUCCUAAUUUUGAUCAAAUGAAAGGAAACAAAAUAUGCAAACAGAUUCCAUGGACAGAGAACGAAGAGCUAUUUCCUGCGUGGAGGGACGGUCGGACAGGAUAUCCUUGGAUUGAUGCCAUCAUGAUUCAGCUGAGGAAGUGGGGUUGGAUGCAUCAUCUUGCACGCCACUCUGUUGCUUGUUUUCUAACACGGGGUGAUCUGUUUAUCCACUGGGAGAAAGGUCGUGAUGUCUUUGAAAGGCUACUGAUAGAUUCUGACUGGGCUAUUAACAAUGGCAACUGGAUGUGGCUCUCCUGUUCAUCCUUCUUUUACCAGUAUCACAGAAUUUAUUCCCCAACCUCUUUCGGAAAGAAGUAUGAUCCUAACGGAAACUACAUCAGGCAUUUCAUCCCGGUGCUGAAAGACAUGCCCAAGGAGUACAUCUAUGAACCUUGGACUGCACCCCUCAGCAUUCAGAAGAAAGCAAACUGCAUAAUUGGCAAAGACUACCCAAAACCAGUGGUUGAUCAUGCGAUUGCAAGCAAAGAAUGCAAGAAGAUGAUGGGAGAAGCUUAUGCGUCUAACCGCCUCGAUGACGAUAAGCCUGACAAAGGGAAAUCCUCCAAUUCUUCGCGAAGAAAGCUGUCUGCUGGCAGCCAAGUGACCCCUAACUCAUCCAAGACUAAACAACUGAAAAGAAGCAGCUGAGCUGAAUAAUUGUGCAGCAUGAAAAUUGCUUCAGCUUCACACUAACCGCUUCAUUUCCAGCAUGAGAGAAUUUCAGUUGUGAGUCGACAGCGACAGACAGCCUGCAUUCUCAGUUGUAGCUAGUGUGGUGACUACUGAACUAGUCUGAAUUAACAGCAAAAAAGACUAAAUAAACUGUAGUAACAUUUAACCAUGUAAUUACCAUCAGUUGUAACAAGUAGUGAACAUAUAUCUCUUUCUAGUUUACAUGAACAAGAGAGGUUAUCUUUCAUAAGUACAAAUCCUGCCAAACUCGAA